UGUGUCUUGUAAUGUGAACGCACAGGAGCAUUUAGGGCGUGCUGUAAUAAAUUAACACCGAGAUCCGGUCCGUGUCCUGCUGGUGAUCCGCUCCCGGUUUUGCACUGCUCCUCCUUCGCCUCCUCCUCCUCCUCCUCCUCACCCUCCUCCCUGCUGCUCCUGCUGCUCCUGCUCCUCACAGCCACAGCUGCUGCAGAGAGGAGCACCGGUGCGCCGUUCCUCCUCCGCUUGCUUUGCUUCCAGUCCCGGCUGUAGCUCCGACUGUCCGCCUGCACGGCGUGUGGAUGAAGCGCAUAAUCAAGAGCCAGGAGCGCAAAGAAAAAAAAAAGUCUCCUCUUCUUCUUCCUUUUUUGAACUACAUCCGUGUGGACGAAGCCUGGUGGAGACUUUUCUCACAGAUUUAAGAGUGCUGGAGCUGGGAGUUUGAAUAUUUUUUGCAGCGAGACCAUCUCGUCUCCUUCAACUGAUCCGUGCUUUUUUUUUUCUUUUUUUGCAAACAGUGCGCGUCGCUCCGGCCAAAAGAGCACGGCUUUUUACGCACAAGAGAGGAGGAGAAGGGAGAUGAGGAGGGCAGGUAUGGAUCAGCACUUUUGAACAUGGAGCGUUUGGUCCGAUGUUGGACGUACGGGCUUGAAGACGAAGAGAGACUCGCCACGGGAAACCUCGCUGUCUGUCCACUGUGAGGAAAGUGGAGCAUGCACCCGAGCCCCAGUCGUCUUUGUCAGACCCGCUGCUUAGUUUCUGGGGCCCUGCUCUGACCGAGGAGCGGACAAGAGAGAAGAGGAGAGGAGAGGAGAGGAGAGCAGAAGAGUCGUGGUGUUAAUCUAAAAUUCACACUCUCAGAGCCGGCAUCCAUAUUUUGGCACGGCGCACAUCACUAUGAGAAGAUGACUGGUGAUGCUUUUCCAAGAACUACUGAUCGUUGACGUCGCUCCAGCUUUCGGCUCCCCCCUCCACAACUCGCUGAACAACUAUUAUUAGCAGCCCAGGCUCCUGGAUCGUUUGCACACAGCUCACAAUGGCCUCUGCACUGUGGAGGUGUCCAGUGUUCCACUGCCUCCUGCUGCUGCUGGUUUGCUUUCACUGCUCACAAGGGUUCAGCCGUGCAGCCCUGCCUUUCGGGCUGGUCAGGAGAGAGCUCUCGUGUGAAGGAUAUGCUAUUGAUCUGCGUUGCCCUGGGAGUGAUGUCAUUAUGAUUGAGACGGCCAACUAUGGUCGGACUGAUGACAAGAUCUGCGAUGCUGACCCCUUUCAGAUGGAGAAUGUCAACUGCUACCUCCCAGACGCCUACAAGAUCAUAUCACAAAGGUGCAACAACCGUACGCAGUGUGUGGUUGUCACCGGCUCUGAUGUCUUUCCUGAUCCCUGCCCUGGCACCUACAAGUACUUAGAGGUCCAAUAUGAGUGUGUUCCUUAUAUUUUCAUUUGUCCUGGGACACUGAAGGGUGUAGGAGCAGCCACCUUCCUGUUCGAGGCGGAGCAGCAGGCGGGGUCCUGGUGUAAGGACCCGCUGCAGGCCGGAGACAAAGUCUUCUUCAUGCCCUGGACACCUUAUCGCACUGACACCCUCAUUGAGUACGCCUCUCUGGAGGACUUUAAAAAUGGCCGCCAAACAACCACUUACAAACUGCCCCACCGCGUCGAUGGAACUGGUUUCGUGGCGUAUGACGGCGCCAUAUUCUUCAACAAAGAACGCACUCGCAACAUUGUCAAGUUUGACUUGCGCACGCGCAUCAAAAGUGGUGAGGCCAUUGUGAACAACGCCAACUACCACGACACCUCACCCUACCGCUGGGGCGGCAAGACAGACAUUGACCUGGCUGUGGAUGAGAGGGGCUUAUGGGUGAUCUACGCCACGGAGCACAACAAUGGGCGCAUCGUCAUCAGCCAGCUCAACCCAUACACGCUGAGGUUCGAAAACACAUGGGACACGGCGUACGACAAACGUUCUGCCUCCAACGCCUUCAUGGUGUGCGGCGUGCUGCACGUGGUGCGGUCCACCUACGAAGAGAACGAGAGCGACACCAGCAGAAGUCAAAUCGACUACAUCUACAACACCAAGCUGAACUACGGUGAAUACACCGACAUCCUCUUCCCCAACCAGUACCAGUACAUCACGGCCGUGGAUUACAACCCCAGGGACAAUCAGCUCUACGUGUGGAAUAACUUUUACAUCCUGCGCUAUGACCUGGAUUUCGGGCCACCGGAUCCGGCUGAAGGGCCAACCAUUGAAGAUUUCUCCGUUUCAUCAUCCAUAACAAAGACAACCCCAAAUUUCACAACCACGACCAUGUCCACGGUGAAGGGACACGCUGACACCACCGUGGCAGGAGCAGAUCCUCGAGACGGGAGAGAUCCGUUUGAGGACAAACGUGGGUCAACUAUGGCGGAGCCCACCGUCACAGAGUUGCCCCCGACGCCCAGACGCUUCUGUGAGGCCACCAGGAGGAGAGCCAUUGAUUGGCCACAGACCCACUCUGGAAGCACGGUGGAGAGGCCCUGUCCUAAAGGGACCAGAGGCGUCGCCUCCUUCCUCUGCACUGUGGCAGGGACCUGGUGCUCCAGAGGGCCAGACCUCAGCAACUGCACCUCCCACUGGGUAACUCAAGUGGCACAAAAGAUUCGAAGUGGUGAAAAUGCUGCUAAUUUAGCCAAUGAGCUGGCACGCCACACACAGGGCCCAGUGUUCGCCGGAGACGUCAGCUCCUCGGUGCGCCUGAUGGAGCAGCUCGUGGACAUCCUGGACGCUCAGCUGCAGGAGCUCAGGCCCAGUGAGAAGGACUCAGCUGGACGUAGCUUCAACAAGCUUCAAAAAAGGGAGAAGACAUGCAGGGCCUAUAUGAAGGCCAUUGUGGACACCGUUGACAACCUGCUGAGGCCGGAAGCUCUGAAAUCUUGGAAAGACAUGAAUUCAACAGAGCAAUCUCACGCUGCGACAAUGCUACUGGACACCCUGGAGGAAGGGGCGUUUGUCCUGGCAGAAAACCUGAUCGAGCCAGCCAUCGUAAAAGUACCUGCGGAGAAUAUCAUGUUGGAAGUGUACGUGCUAAGCACAGAUGGCCAGGUGCAAGAUUUCAGGUUUCCACAGACGAGCAAAGGUGGAGCCACGCUUCAACUUUCCUCCAACACGGUCAAAGUCAACAGUAAAAACGGUGUGGCCAAGCUGGUGUUUGUAUUGUACAAGAAUCUGGGUCAGUUCCUCAGCACGGAGAACGCAACACUGAAGGGAAUGGUGGACCCGAGCCGGCGCAACCUUUCCCUCACCGUCAACUCCCACAUCCUUUCAGCUUCAAUUACCAAAGAGUCCAGUCGCGUGUUCGUGGCUGACCCCGUGAUCUUUACGCUGGAACACCUGGAUAAGGAGCAUUACUACAACCCCAACUGUUCCUUCUGGAAUUACUCGGAGCGGAGCAUGAUGGGAUAUUGGUCCACUCAAGGCUGUAAACUGCUGGACACCAACAAGAGCCACACCACUUGUUCCUGCAGUCACUUGACCAACUUUGCCAUCCUCAUGGCUCACAGGGGAAACGUGGGGGAGGGAAGUGUCCAUGAGCUUCUCCUGACCGUCAUCACACGGAUGGGCAUCGCCGUGUCUCUGGUCUGCCUGGCCAUCAGCCUCUUCACCUUCAGCUUCUUCCGUGGUUUGCAGUGUGACCGCAACACCAUUCACAAAAACCUCUGCCUCAACCUCUUCAUCGGUGAACUUAUCUUCCUCGUGGGCAUCAACAUGACGGAACCAAAGCUGGUGUGCUCAAUCAUCGCUGGUGCGCUGCACUUCUGCUUCCUGGCCGCCUUCUCCUGGAUGUGUCUGGAGGGCGUGCAGCUGUACCUCAUGCUGGUGGAGGUGUUUGAGAGCGAGUUCUCCCGCAGGAAGUACUAUUACAUCACUGGGUACCUCACCCCGGCCGUGGUGGUGGGCAUCUCAGCAGCCAUCGACUACAGAAGCUACGGCACACCACGAGCAUGCUGGCUGAGGGUUGAUAAUCAUUUCAUCUGGAGCUUCAUUGGACCAGUAACCUUCAUAAUCGUGGUCAACGUCAUCUUCCUGGUUGUGACCAUGUACAAGAUGGUGAAGAAUUCCACCUCCAUGAAACCUGACUCGUCCAGGCUGGGGGGUAUCAGGUCGUGGGUGUUGGGCUCUUUUGCUCUGCUCUGUCUGCUGGGGCUCACGUGGUCCUUUGGCCUGUUCUUCCUUAAUGAUUCUUCCAUUGUGAUGGCGUAUCUCUUCACCAUCUUCAACACACUGCAGGGGAUGUUUAUCUUCAUCUUCCACUGUCUCCUCCAGAAAAAGGUUCGCAAAGAGUACAGCAAAUGUUUCCAUCAGUCCCAGUGCUGCGGCGCGCUGCCGUCUGAGGGGUCCCACAGUUCAGCCAAAGCUGCCACGUCUCGAUCCACGGCUCGCUACACAUCCGCUACACAGAGCCGCAUCAGGCGGAUGUGGAACGACACUGUCAGAAAGCAGUCGGAGUCCUCCUUCAUCUCAGGAGACAUAAACAGCACCUCCACACUCAACCAAGGACAGCAUUCUCUGAGCAACAGCAGGGACAUCAGUGCCAUGGACACCCUCCCCCUCAACGGCAAUUUCAACAACAGCUACUCCCUACGAGACGACGAUUAUGAGGCUGUGGGUGUCCGAGCUGCCGGUGACCUCGGGGGCCUCAACCUGGACGAUGUGGCGUUUGAGAAGAUGAUCAUCUCUGAGAUUGUGCACAACAACCUGAGGCCCCGUGGGCCACCAAAAAGCCGCGAAACACCCAGAGAGCGGGCCUUGCCUCCCCAGACAAGGGUGACGGUGGACAGGGGUGGGGGCGGCAGCGGCAGCGAGGACGACGCCAUUGUGGCGGAUCACAAAGGAGGUGGAAGAGGGGGACACGCCAACCUGGAGCUGCUCCUGCACCCCCACCACAAGGAGGUACUGGAGGCCCCCCUCCUGCCCCAGAGGACUCACUCCUUGCUGUACAGCAAUCAGAAAGCCCCCAGGCGCCCGGAGGGGCAAGGAGGCCAAGGCUCUGAGACUGUUACCGCCGCGGAGGACAUGGGCUCCCACUCACCCAGCAACAAUAGAGACUCCCUUUAUACCAGCAUGCCAAACUUGAGAGACUCACCGUCGCCUUCAGCUUCGCCAUACCCCCCAGAGGAGGAAGAGGAGGAGGAGGAAUUCUCGCCCUCACCUCGAAGCGAGAGCGAGGAUGCGUAUCACAAAAGCAUGCCUGAGCUGGGUGACGCGCCGCAGCCCCUGUCCUACUACCACAUAAACCGAGGCACCAGCGACAGCUGCAUCGUCUCACCCACCAAUGAGGACUGCGCGCAGGAGGGGGAGGCGCCCCCCGAUGGACAAAUGCAGCUCAUCACCAGCCUCUGAUCGUGAGUCGUCUUCGUUUGCACAGGGUCUAACAGAUGGAGGACUUUUGCUCGAGCCGGCGAGUGUGUCUCGGCACUCCGCAUGCUCUUCCUGUCAAAACAGGAAGUGAAAUGUUGGGGUGGGAAAAAGAAUGAAUAAAUGACUUUUGCACACAAAGCUCAUUAACACACGAAACACGUCCAUCUGAUGCCAGACAAAAUGUGGACUGUGAAAACUGCUCUCGGACUGGAAGAUGUGCAGAGAACAACACAAAGUCCACUGUGUCACAGAAAAGUCUGUCUCAUUUCUCUGGUUCUGAAAGAAGAAUUUAGGAUUUGGAAAAUAAUGAAAAAGAAAAUGUCUCCAAGCAAAGAACUAUAAAACUCCUGACGUACUCCUGGGGGGCUUUGCCAAACCAGGGUCUUUUUAGUCAUAAAGUACAGAACUAGAACUAGUGUGGCUCCAGUAUACAGUCAGGACUGUAAAGUUAUGAAACCACUAAUUCAGACUCAGGCCUUAUAUUUUCUCUAUUGCACAUUUAACUGUUGUCAAAGUAACAGCUAAAGAAAAUAUAUUUUGCUGUACCACUAGUGUAAAAAGUGAAAAAGGAAAAAAAAGAGAAAAAAAAGAAAUGACAACCAUUCAGUAGUUAUACCCUUUCAAUGUUAAUAAGAAUCUUCAGACAAGGUUAAUCGAAAUAGUGGAAACGUGCUUUUUCCUCUCACACUUGACUCGUUGUAGUAUGUUUGCAUAUAAAAAAAAGAAAGGUACCAGUCCAUAUGAACUCAUGCUCACAUCUCUGCUUGUGAAGUGCUUUUGCUUUCAUGAUGACUUGUUUUUGGGACGUUUCUUCCCCAGUCGUAUAUUUGUUAACACCGGGCCACACACACACACACAUGGACACACACACGGACACACACACACACACACACACACUUUCGGAGUAAAUUGGAUUCCUGUGUAAGUUAUUUUACUUGAAAAAAAAAUUUUGUCAGGUUUAAAAACUAAUGUUCAUGUCAAUGCGAUACAGCGGUUCGUGCUGAUUGGUUUCAUCUUUUGACACUAAUUAAUUUAUUUACUGAAUGAUUUCAGGACAAACACAGGGAAGAAAAGGGUGUGGUUAGAAAGUGAGUGUGGGGGAAAAAAAUGGUGUUCCAGCACUGAUUAGGUUCCUUUUUGUUCCUUUUGUAAGAGCCCAUCAUCAGCUGAUAUUUAAACCGACUCCUGUUUGAUAUCAAAUAAAUGUGAAAUUUUUUCUUGUUCACAGACGUCUGGUUUACUUGGAUUGACCGUUGGCUGACAUUUGUUUUGGUCAGCACCAAUUGAAACAUGGAGUUUAUGUGUAAUUACUCAACAAUGAUGUUAUCUUAAAAAGAAAUGACAAUCAUUACCAUUUUUUAAAAAAACAACGUACUUUAAAUGUUCCUGCCUGUUUAAAGCCUCAGUUUUCUAGGUGUAAAUAUUAUUUUGGGAAUGCUGGCACUGCGUGGAUAUUAGAAAAAACACAUUUCUUAACAUUUAAUGGAAUCUCUCUGAAAAUGAGCCAAAACUCUAUCCAAACACAUUUCAAAGAAUCAGCUGUAGGCUUUGGCUACACAGGCAGUACUGGUCAUGCUUGGAUCAAACCGGGCCCCAUGGCAAAAUAACGCUGUCGAAUCUGUGGUGAUCCUCAUUUAAGCAUGUGAGAUUAACAGAUCAUUCACGGGGAUGUUUUGAUCGUUCAUUAAUCCUUCUGCAAGCCUCUUUUGAACAAUAAUACCAAGCCAUAUCCUGCUACCAAAAUGUUCCCAAACAAGAAUAUUGUGUUUUGGGGCAAUUUAACCAAAAUGAAGCAGAUAGAGUGUGAUUGAUGGGGACACUUCCCCUCAAAUGGACCAUAAGAAUAAUCGCUGAUGAUUAAUAAACAUUUUCAUGCCUGAGGUGACGGGAAGAAAUAGGAUUUCUGAUUAAAGUGAUAAACAGAUGAAA